GCGCGCCAAUCGGCUUGCACCGCCCUCCCAAGCUCCUGCCGCCGGAAGGACCCGCUCCGAGAGCAGACGCCGCUCAGCAUCAGGAGCAGUGGCACCUCUGGGAUGCGGUUCUGCUUCGGACGGCCAAAAAAGUCAACCCAGGUCGGCACCGGACAAGAACUCAGGAGGCGGAGAAGGAGGAAGACGGCGAGAAGAAGGAGGACUACGAGGCGGAGGCGCUCGUCGACGCUACAGUCCUUGGCCGCGAAUCCAGCACGACUACCCGGGCUUUGUGACGGCAUCGCCCGGUGCUUCUUUUACCGGAGCCCACACGUUCCCUCAACAUUCCCGUGCUUGCUUGUGUGCUGAUGUGAAGCUGAUGUUCUUUACAUGCAAGGCACAUUGCUUACAAGUUCACUUUAAGCCUAAAGGACCUCUGCCACUUUGAUGUGUGAGCUCAGUGAUGGCCCACAGUGGAAGUAAGGGCCGCUGACAACUUCCUGCUCUCGGUCCGAGUUCACCUGAAGGCAGCUGUCUGCAACCACGCCUGAUACUUGGGUGUCGUAGUCAUGAGGCUGCUGUGCAAGUCGCUGGACAAGAUGAGGUGUCUUAGGAAACGCUCCACCAUCCCCUUCCUCGGCUUCCUCAUCGCCUUCCUCCUCUUCCUCAACCUCUACAUUGAAGAUGGAUACGUGCUGGAAGAAGACAAGAGGCAGCUUCGGGAAACGUCGGCUCACCCUCCCAGUUCCGAGCGCUAUGUUCACACCUUCCAAGAGCUCCGUAAUUUCUCAAGAAACAUAAAUGUCACGUAUCGUUAUCUUGCUGGGACGCCGCUGAACCGCAAGAAGUACCUAACCAUUGGGCUGUCGUCGGUGAAGCGAAAGCGAGGGAACUACCUCCUGGAGACCAUCAAGUCCAUCUUUGAUCAGUCCAGCUAUGAGGAGCUGAAAGAAAUCGUGGUGGUAGUCCACCUGGCCGACUUUGACCCGGUAUGGUGCGAGAACCUGGUGCAGGAGAUGAGCAGGAAGUUCGGCCACCACAUCAUCGCGGGUCGCCUCCUGGUGAUCCAGGCUCCAGAAGAGUACUAUCCAUCUCUGGAUGGCCUGAAGAGGAACUACAAUGAUCCCGAGGACAGGGUGCGUUUCCGCUCCAAGCAGAACGUGGACUACGCCUUCCUGCUCAACUUCUGCACCAACCUGUCAGACUUCUACAUGAUGCUGGAGGACGACGUGCGCUGCUCCCGCAACUUCCUGACGGCCCUGAAGAAGGUGAUCACCUCCAGGGAAGGUUCCUACUGGGUGAUGCUGGAGUUCUCCAAGCUGGGCUACAUCGGGAAGCUGUACCACUCCAGGGACCUGCCUCGUCUGGCUCACUUCCUGCUCAUGUUCUACCAGGAGAUGCCGUGCGACUGGCUCCUCAUCCACUUCAGGGGUCUGCUGGCCCAGAAAGACGUGAUCCGCUUCAAGCCCUCCCUCUUCCAGCACAUGGGCUACUACUCGUCUUACAAAGGGGCUGAGAACAAGCUGAAGGAUGACGACUUCGAGGAGGACUCAGUCGACAUUCCCGACAACCCUCCGGCCAGCCUUUACACCAACAUCAACGUCUUUGAGAACUACGACGCCACCAAGGCUUACAGCACCGUGGACGAAUACUUCUGGGGGAAGCCUCCUUCUACCGGAGACUUCUUUGUCAUUGUCUUCAACCAGUCCACCAAAAUCAGCAAAAUAAAGAUCUCCACCGGCUCUGACGACAGACAGAAUGACAUCCUGCACCGUGGAGCUCUGGAAGUCGGGGAGAAAGUGGUGGGUACCAAAAAGGGGAAGCAGUGCUCCUCUUACAUCACCUUGGGGGAGUUCAAAAACGGCAACAUCGAGGUCCAGGACGUGGACCGCAAGAUCUCCUUUAACAUUGAGUGUGUGCGCAUCGUGGUGACGGCCAGUCAGAAGGAAUGGAUCAUCAUUAAGAGUAUAAGUUUAUGGACCACACCUCCACCCAGCCAAUGAGGACUGCACACAGACUCUUAGUAUACUAUAGGAAAAACUCUUAUUAUGAAGUCUUUACAGGUUCAUGUCAUAAUUUUCUACCUAUUUAUUCAUUUGGAUUUAUAGUUUUUUAAUACCUUUGUGGAUCAUCAUUGUAUUUAUUAUGAGUUUGAUGAACAUGUAAAGCAAAGUGUCAACUAACAAUGAAGAAGUUUUAUGGUCCUGAUCCUGGGUUUCCAUAUGCUCUAUUAUUGCCAAAAAAUCCCACAAAGAUCAUCUAUUCGGUGAUUGGCAGUUGCGAGUCAGCGGCAGCAGCUGCUCUUUCUAUUGUGCAAGUAAAACUGGUCUGAUUGUCUGUGAGGAAUACUGGAUUAGCAUUUCAAAACCACAUGAACCUCCGACCCCUGUUGUCUCAGUUUCAGUAAAAAUCAAUAGCCAUCUUGCUUUAUCACAAGACAACAAUCCAGGAAUGAAUGCUGAAAUGUGAUAGAUCCAGAACGAGACCUACAGACCUUUCAUGGGACUGUAUGCAGCGGAUUCCUCCAGCUGUCUGCAGGGCGUCAACAUCCCAACGUUUGAAUUGAGUACGUAAACGUAACACACGCACUUGCACUCGUUCUGUUUGUUGCCUGCCAAUGUUAGCAGUUUGGUUUGAACAUGAAUGCAAAUGUUGUGUACAAACCAUGGACGUAUACGUAAAUAGCAACAGCAGCGAUUGAGAGUCAUGUAUGGCAUUAUUAUAUUGGGGCCCAACAAAACUUUAUGCAGUUAAAUUCCUAAUUGUGAAAUAAAUUGUGCAAUUCAUUUUUUGUUUGUUUGUUUUUAUAACCACUUUUGGUAACACAUUCUUGCUGUGUUAUAUUUUUUGGCUUCAAAAAGUGUCAUUUGGAGAGAGUUGCACACAGUCCCUUUAAUUUAAUCUUUAACCAGACUGUUUUCAUUUUUUGUUCGAUGGUUAUCAUCUCUCCCUUUUUUGCUGUGGUGACAUCACAAAAUGAGUUCAUCAUUGAGAUGCUCACUGAGCUGAAGUCUCAUGAGAUUUGAUGAUGUGUAUGUUUGACUUUUGAGGAAGAUUUUUCAAGAAAUUUAUGGUUGAACUCCCAAUUUUACCACUUUGUAUUGAACUUGUACAUGUUUUUAUUUUGCCAUUUGUACAAUGUACGGUUGUCCUUCACAAUGUUGUGGUUCGAUUGCGGCUCACUCCCUAUAUCGCGAGUUUUCAGAAAUUAAUUCAUUUAUGAAUGAUCACUGUUUUGUGGUAGACUAUUGUUUAUCAUUAGUCAAAACAUAUUGAAAUUAGGGCUGUCAAAUGAUUAAAAUAUCUCAUCCGAUUAAUCAUGAUUUUCAAAUUAAUUAAUCAUGACCAAUCACCAUGUCACACUAUGUCUGAAAUAUGACCAUUUUUACUGUAUUUUAUUGGAAGAAAGAUAAAUGACAGGACAAGAUGAUGUAUACUGUAUAUGCAUGGAUCAACAGCAACAAAUCAAUUGAACAUUUAAAUUGAGUUAAGAGAUGGCACACGUCUGAAAAGUGAUUUACCUAACACUGGAUUCUUAAUAGCAGAAUAUUUGAAUCAAGUUUUGUGUUAUUAUGAGCAAUGAGGAGUUGCGUUCAAAGACACCAUAUAAUUUAAGUUGAAUUCACAAGUUUUUAGUGAAUUUUGUGGGAUUUCCGAGCAUACUUUAAUCCAGCAAAGUCUACUUCCUCAUUAAGAGUUACUAAGUGAGUGAUAAGGGCAUCCACUUUUUCUUUAAAUUUUUUUUACCACACAUAUAUAAAUAAUAAAGACAUUGAUGUGAUGUUUGGAUUGUCUCUGAAUGCAUUGAAUGUUGCAACUUGCAACUGACAAAUGCACUACAGACGUGUUUGUUUGGAGUUUGAUACAUAUAUGGUGUUGGAAUUGCAUUGCCGUUGAUGUCAGAAUAAAUUUAUAAAAGAGCAUCAGACUCUGUGUGACUCUGUGGGGAUGCCUCACUGUGCCGCCGAAAGCAGUAGUUACAUCAAAAUGUCAUGUAAAUAAAUUGUUUACCGUCUUUAACGCACUAUUUUUGACAGCCCUAAUUGAAAUACAAGUGAUAUGUAAUAUUCUGGUCACUAGGCAGCAGUAAUGACACAAAACAUUGAUGAGACAUUACCUUACAUUACAUUACCUUGAACACUGCAUGAAGUCAGCCAUGGCAUGUCCGACAUGAUAGAGUGAAAAAUAGUCUGAUCCCGUGUGGAAGUGGUAAAUCUUUGAAAUGAAUUGCUUGCUAGCUUGCUAACUUCCUAGCUUGAUAGCUUGCUCGCUAUCGGCCAUCCCAAAUUUCUGCAGCAUAAGAGUUGCAAUGUCAUGUAAACAAAGAAUAAUGGCCGUGUAAAUGGGACUAAAGGGUUGUGAUGUCAUGUAUGCAGGGCUCUAAUAAUGUAAAAAAAAAAACACAUUUAACACAUUUAUAAAGUCAUAAGAAGAUAUUGCAUUUAUUAUUGAAUUCUAUAUUGUGGAAAAUGAACAUGGUCGGGUCUGGAAGCAAUUAACUGCUAUAAACAAGGGAUUACUGUACAGCUAAAUUUGUGCCUGAGUUUAAACCAUCCUCUUGAGGAUUGGUGCAUGCCGACCAGAUCCAGGUCAUGGAAUGGAAUCAGGAACCCUCCAGUUGUUAGACAAACCACUGUAAGUCCCGAUCCAUGGCGCCCUGAGUUCCAUUGUAUGAAUAAAACGCCAACCUGACAUGUAUUGGACCUGAAAGGACGCUUUAUGGUGUCUAGUGUUUUGGUUCCAAAAGAAUGUACAAUUUCCGGUAGUCCAGAAGUGACCAAAGGUGGUCCAGGAUGUCAUUCAAAUCUGUUAAAUCGGAUCUUCCGAGGAACACAUACAGAAAAAGAUAUUGGGGAAGCCACUUAUUCACUAACUAAGCACUAUAUUGGUCUCAUUACUGCUCUCCUUCCAAUAAAAGCCUGUCUCCCUCAUUUGCAACACCCCUUUCAGUGUGCCGAAGAUAACAACAGAGAUGAAAGUAGGCAAUAUUGUCUUUUUUAAUUAUUAUUUAUUUUUAUUACUUAAUUUAGUUCUUAUAGUUGGUCAUUGUAUUACUGUAUUUUAAAUUGAAAUCCUCCAUGUGUUCUCUGUACAGAGUGAGUGACUUUUAUUUCGACAUACACUAAAAAGGCACUUACACCGCCACGGUAGGAACGGUCGUUCUGGAACUCAUACAUAGACCAAGGACCUCCUGUAUGGAAUAUUCACUGGGGGCCAAUAAAAAUGUAGCUGCAGCCCAUAAAUGGUCCCCAGGCCCACUUUGGACACCCCUGCAUUAAAUCCCUUCCUGUCUAAUGUGUUAAAAAUGAAGAUGUUAUUGCACAGAGCCUCUCCAAUCCACUCUGUCAGACAUGUUAGAAGCCUCUAGUUGAUCAUAAAAAGUGUAGUUAUCAGUAAGUGCAGUAAAAUAUGUUUUCAGAAAGCGUCUCUCCUUGAGAACACCGUCCAAUUAGGCGAUUGUGUCUUUAGCUGCUUUUCAUGACUGAUAAUAAGGCGGCAAAGUGUUGCUCCGGGAUUCUUCGCACAGAAAGUCCCCAUUUGGCCCUUAAUUACCUUCCCUCCGUGAGGAGCACAAGGAAGCUGUACGUAUCUCCUUGCUUCAGUGUUCGCCACUUUUCGCUUUGCACCGGGGUGGCUGCGGCUGCCGCAUGUUGUGUCAGAGAUGCUGACAGCAGAACACUGUUUGUUUUGUUUUUUUUUCACAGAGUUGAGAUGAGAUUGCACAGACAGGAAUGAAGCGGCUUUGCUCUCAGUAAAUUGCUCUGUUUGCUUCUCUCUCUUCUCUGCACCAGCUCAGCAACAUCUCCCCUGCAGCUACUUGUCUCAAUUCCUCCACUCCCUCAUGUUGCUCUGAUCUUUGCUCCCGGGUUCAGACACUCUGCUGCUAGGAAGCAUCCUUUUUCCUCACAUGGUUUCAGUUCUAAUUUUUGCCAAAAAUUCACACCACUCGACAUUUGAACUGUGUGAUGCCGCACACUUUAUCAAAUGAUUGCUUCUGUUUCAAAGAAUCCCUCAAGGGGAGAAAAAAAGUAGGAACACAUUCAACAGCACAUUUGUACUUGGUUCAUGAUGACUUCUUUGGGGCCGUUUGCACAAGUUAUACAACAGAAGAUGAAUCAAAACAAAACCUACGACAAGAGAGCUGCAAAAAGUAUGAAGUUAUAUAAUCUGCCAAAAGAAAAAAAAUCACAUUUUUCAUUUUUACUUAAUUCAUAAUAACUUAAUAAAAAAGUAUCUCUGUAUUUUUUGCUCAGUGUCACACAAAAGUGAGCACCCCUCACGUUUCAUCAAUUAUAUCUCCUCAAGGGACGAUAUUAUAUAAUCAGAAUCAGAAAAGGUUUAUUGCCAUGUAUGAUCAAACACAUACUAGGAAUUUGUUUUGGUAUAGUAGGUGCAGACACAUCUAUUAAAAAAGAAUGAAAAAUACAAAAUAUACAGAAUAACAGUAUAAAUAUAUGUACACAGUCUGUUUGAAAUGAAAUAAAACUCAGAUAUCAGUUAUAGUAUUUUUAUAGUAGUAUUUUCCACUGAAUAUGAGUCAACAUACUGCCAUUACUGUCUAAAUACGAGUGAGUAGCAUGAUAAAUGUGUCGACACUUAACCAUGGUGGUGGUAGCAUUAUGGUCUGGGGAUGCACAAGUGCUGCUGGCACUGGAGAGCUGCGGGUCAUUAUGAGGAAAGCUGAAUUGCAACAUAAACUGAGACAUUGUAAAGCAGAAACUGGGUCGCAUGGCAUUUUUUUAUGUCAGUAUAUCUUGGCCAGUAUUCUAGAAAAUAAAUGUGACUAUACUUCAGAGUAGUCAGUGCAAAGCUUGAAUAGCAGCAUAGAUUUACAUAGAUCCACUCAAAAUGACUCAAAACACAUUAUUGUCCAAAUGAUGUCCUUGAAAGGAAUAUGUGCCAACCAUUGUCAGCUGGCAUUGCCUUAAUAUUCUUUGGAAAAGGAAAGCUGGUGGAUGUUCCACACCUUAUUAAUGUGUGUUGGCUCAUUUUCAGUGUUUAGUAAAGCUAUCCUGUUUUAUACUGCUAGAAAAGCUGACACUGACUGCUCCAAAGGCCAUUAAUACCCCAUUUAUUUUGGUUAAUUGUUUCAAGACCGGGCUGCACGGUGGACAAGUGGUUAGCGCGCAGGGCACACUGGUUCGAUUCCCCCAUCGGGCAUCUUUGUGUGGAGUUUGCAUGUUUUCCCCGUGCAUGCGUGGGUUUUCUCCAGGUAGUCCGGUUUCCUCCCACAUUCCAAAAACAUGCUAGGUUAAUUGGUGACUCCAAAUUGUCCAUUUGUAUGAAUGUGAGUGUGAAUGGUUGUUUGUCAAUAUGUGCCCUGUGAUUGGCUGGCGACCAGUCCAGGGUGUACCCCGCCUCUCGCCCGAAGACAGCUGGGAUAGGCUCCAGCACCCCCGCGACCCUCGUGAGGAUAAGUGGUAGAAAAUGAAUGGAUGGAUGAAUGUUUCAAAACCUGACCGUUAUAAGUGAAUUGCCACAAGUAAGAUUGCUUUAUUUAUAAAUAGACAUUAUUAGAACUCUUUAGAUAUGAACUGGCAAUAAGCAAUUUAAGACACAAAAAGGACUUGUGUUUUGUGGGUGUUGCUAUAAAUGUCCUCCCUAAAGGAGCUGAGUGAGUGGUGGUGGACAAAAAUUGACAUAAGGGGUUCAGAGGUGAGUUUCAGCUUGUCGUGGGUUAGGGCCGCAACAGCAGUCCUGGUUUUUAAUUUUGAAUUAAAGCUAGGAGACCAGGGUUCAAUUCCACCCUCGGCCAUCUCUGUGUGGAGUUUGCAUGUUCUCCCCGUGCAUGCGUGGGUUUUCUCCGGGUACUCCGGUUUCCUCCCACAUUCCAAAAACAUGCUAGGUUAAUUGGUGACUCCAAAUUGUCCAUAGGUAUGAAUGUGAGUGUGAAUGGUUGUUUGUCUAUAUGUGCCCUGUGAUUGGCUGGCGACCACUACAGGGUGUACCCUGCCUCUCACCCGAAGACAGCUGGGAUAGGGUCCAGCACCCCCGCGACCCUCUUAUUGUGCCUAUUUUGAGAUAAUUCAAUCUGCAACAAAAGCCUGUUGUUCUUGCGAUCAAGUCAGGUUUCUGUAAGUGUCUCACCAGACAUUACAGUAACAUUACUGACACCUAGUGACCAGAGUACUACAUAUCCCCAGUAUCUUUGAAUGCAUCUUCUGAAUGCCUUGAUUUUUUUUAUUUUUUUUGCCUGAAAUGUUAAAUAUAGGAGAAAACACCUUAGAUUUUGCUUAAAUAUGCAUAUUUUUACUAAUAAUAGGUUAUAUUCAACCACAAAACAGCAUGAUUUAUUAAUUAAUAUAUUUUUGAAAUAUUACAAAAUUGUAAUUGUGGAAUGGCGAGGGACGACCGUAUUUCAGUAUUGUCCCCUGAAAGAUAUACUGUCAUAGAAAUGAAGGUAAAGGUAGGACUCUUAAAUUCAAUAACCAACCUCAUAUACAAAUUGUAUAAAGAAGUGAAAAAUGAUCAAAGCCCCCCCACCAUGUUUUGUGCACCCCCUGCAGUCAGGUGACACUCUUCCGUGACAAUGGUGAAUGUGGAGCAUGAACAACAUGUGCAUGUGUGAGUCUUUCCUGGCUUGUGUGUAGAAGACGUCAUGUAGAAAACACUGUAUCUCCUUAUGUUCUCCUCCUGCUCCCCCACUGUACUGUAAGAUGAUACAUAUAUUUUUGUACUGUAUUGACAUGUUGUAUGAUAUCGUACUUCAAAAGGAUUAAAGCAAUGGAUGCAGUGUGUGGAAGUGU